AUGUACCGUGUUGUGUGCUCUGCCGAGGCUAGGGAGAUGUGGUGUUGCAAUGCAUACGCCGCCAAGGGGAAAAGGGAUUCGCCAAAGAGCGAGUGCCGCAUCGCGCAUCAAGUCAAAACAAGGCAAAACAAGACAAAACAAGGCAAAGGUCGAUGGCACACAAACCACAAAGAAGAAGCUUUCAUCGAAAAAUCAACAGCAACGAUGACAACGACAAAAAUUCGAGGAUUCCCCGCUGACAAGAGAGCCAGAGCCGAAGUCAUCGCCUCUCCAUCUGCAGCGACCCAUCGCGGGACGACGGGUGAUGGGCACGCGCAGAUAGCGUUAUUGGUCAUCAACACUGGAGAUCUUCCCUCUUGUCAACUUAAUUAA